AAAUAAUAAAGCACAUCGACGAAACCGACAUAACGUCCUUGCAUUCCGUCGCCCUCCUGAAUCGCACCUGGUGUCGACAUUCCAUACCGGUCCUCUGGAAGAAACCUUUCUGCCUGAGGGAUUCCGUCACCAAUCUUCACAUGAUAAUUCCCAUCUACCUCUCAUUCCUCUCCGACGAAACAAAGAUAAAUCUCAAUAUCGACGGCAUGCGCCUGUCCACCAAGGCGUCAUUCAAUUAUCCCGAGUUCGUGCAUGAGCUCGAUUUCAUCGGGUUACAGAUGACCGUCUAUCGUUGGUGGUCGAGGUACAACAGGGAUGAGUGGGACGACGAUUCUGAUGAGGAGGAGGACCGUUAUUAUGACUCGGAGGAUGAAGACGAUGAUGAGGAGGCCGACUAUGAAACCCAGGAACGUUCGGUGGCCAUAAGCGAGGAAAUAUUUAAGUUGGUCGUGGAUAGAUCGAAGAAGCUCGACAGCUUCACCAUCGAUCUCAAGGACAAUUCCCGAUGGUCCCCUAAUGAAUUUGAUCAUUACCUGACAGUGUUAUUCUCAUCUUUUGGAAUGACCGAGUGGCUGAAGAAGUUGAGGGUACUGAAGUUGACGGGGCCAUUUCCGAAGUCAACGUUUCUAAAGGAUAUACUGAGUGUCAAUCGAAAUCUCUCGAUUCUCACCAUCGAGGACCGAAAGAACGACGAAGCGUUAAACUACGACCUGAGCGAUUUCAUUAAGACGCAACAUAACCUAAAGGAGUUCAGCUUUGUCAGCAACUCGGAGGAUGUCUCGCCCAUGCUCGCGGCAUUAACGGAGCGAGCGAGUUCCUUGCGUAAGAUUCAGAUUACGAACGGGGUGAUCCUCGAAAAUCUCAUCAUAGAGACUUUGACCCAAUGCUCGCAGUUGGAAUCCAUUUGCUUCCAGUCACUCCGACUCUCCAGGAAUCAACUGAAACCUUUCUCACGGACGUCUUUUCCAAAAUUGAAUUCACUUUACCUCAUGGACAUCGAUCUCGCAUGGACCGAGAAGGAGACGAAGAAAUCCAAAGAUAAGACCAUGCAAAACAUCAUCCGAACCUACGGACCUCGACUUGAGAACCUUGGGCUGAGAAUCAAUCUCGCCGCAUACACCGGUGUUCUCGAGUCCGUGGCAAAGAGCUGUGGUAAUCUAAAAACAUUCGUCACCCGAAUCGAGACGGCCAAAGAGAUUCCAAAAUUAUUUGAUGUACUCAAGAGUUGUCGAAAAUUCGAGUCGCUGAUAAUUCACGAGACCCAUUGCACGAACCUGUUCGAGGCGAACGACAUCAUGUUCGAGAUGGCCGGCUUGAUACCAUCGACCCUCGUACAUUUGGAUUUGACAAAGUGGGUGAUUUCCAUCGAGAUACUCGUGGGAUUCUUGAUGAGUUGCAACGCGAGGUUGAGAACCUUGACAUGUCAUUGUCACGGAAGUUCCAUCGGGAAGGAGGACAUGAUCCGGAACUCGCAUCCAUCGCCGGAGAAACCUCCGCUAUUCGACUACCCCUCGUUCUGCAGGACAUUGACCAUCUCACAUGUCGGUCACUUUUGGAAUUUCGAGGAAGAAGCGGACGUCAUCGAACACGACUACAAGGUGUACCUGAUUAAACAAGAAUUAUACAAGCUCUUUAUCUCAAGGAGCCCGAGAAUCAGGCGACUCACCCACACAAUUCACCUCACUCACUUUCCCGGUGCCUCGUCGUGUCUGUUUCCACUGGUGGAAUUCGUGUGUGACACAAAUCUACCCCACGACAUUCUUUAUGGAAUGGCUCAGAUAUGCAAGAACUUGAAAAAAUUAAUCAUCAAGCAAUAUCACGAUGACAAUCAGGCAUUGUCAAAGCUCAUAAAAUCACAGACUGAUUUGCGGCACGUGGAAAUUGACACCGAGGUCGAAUGUGAUCCCGGCGAUUACGGCGAUUACGUGUAUUCCAACAUCGGUCAUGCCUUGACAACGGUGGCACAGUCGAUCAGGCAUUUGUCACUUGGUGGCAGUCGGCCGUGUAUCCUGAUGUACACGAUGAAAUAUUAUGUCAAUUUGAGAUCCAUUAGAUUGUUUCAUUGCGGGGAGGACGCCGACGAGAUGAUGGAAAUGUUGAGUCGCGUGAAUUUUUCGAGCCUCGGGAUUCUUGAGGUGGACUACGAGGCUCCCACGCUGUUGAGUUUAACGAAAUUCGUGCUGAACAAUGGUACAAAUCUAGAGGAGAUCUCAUUAUACUGUUUGAUUCCGCCGGAUCCCGAGCAUUCUAUACUGUUCAACAGGGCCGUGGCGCAGAGAUGUAGGAAAUUGGAGUUCCUCUCUUCAUUUUUCGUUGACACCGAAUUCCGGGACCUGAAGGAGAUUCUCGUGAACUGCACUCACCUAAGAGGCUUAUACAUUCGAACCGGAAAUAUCCGACUCAACGGCGACACCUUAUUGGACAUGUUGCAACAAUUCGCGCCACCUCAACUCUCGAGAUUGUGCGUGGGAGGCGAAUGGGAGUUCACCACCGAGAGGCUGAAGGAGUUCCUGGAGCACGUGUGGAGGAAAGACGGGAGACAGAUUACCAUCUAUCAUCAUUACGAGAAUAUCAUAGAUGAGGAGAAGGAGGACGCCUUUGAGUUUAGCGAGGAACAAGGAGAUAUCAUUAAGACAUAUCAAAUGUCAAGUUUUGACUUGGGUUUGGUGGGCCUGAAAGAGAUGUUCUCUUGUGAAUGGAAUCCAUUUUACUACGAUUUCUCGAGGUAUUAG